UUCGGGACUGCGUGCAGACGUCUCCUUCGUUUUGCUCUUCCCCUCAGGCACGCGUGAGCUGCACCGGAUCUGGAAUCCGUGGCCCGUGGCCCGAAGUCUGGGACAGGGAGGCGGAGGACGAGAAGGAGGAGAAGGAGGAAGAAAAACAUAGGAGGAGGACGAGGAGGAGGAGGAGGAGAAGGAGGAGGCGAGGAAGAGGAGGACGAGGAGGAGAAGGACGAGGGGGAAGGUGGAAAAAGAUGGGAUCCCGUGCGGGCGCGGAAAAACGCAUCGGGCGGCACUACGACCACUUCGCGGUAGAGCUACGGGCGCUCAUGUUCUCAAGCAUCGACUGCACGACUGCGAGGUCCACCGCCCUUGCGGGCUGCUUCAGCAAAGCAGCGCCCUGCAACAAUUCCUCCAGAGAGAUCAGCCCAUCUCCAUCCUGGUCCAGUAUGUCGAAUACCUUAUCUACGUCGGACAGGUUCAAGCCCAUGGCGCCCAGCCAUUCUCCCACCUGCUUAUUUUCCAAGACCCUCCUGAGCUCGCCAGGGUCCACCAGCCCAUCAUCGUUCUCAUCUGCCUGGUAGAAAAAUUCAGUCAACUUCGAGCGCUCCGCCUUCGCCGCUCUCCUGACCUCAUUCAGCAUGAUACUAUCGUCGAGAGCCGCGACUUUGAACGUUUCGUUCAGGAACACGCCCGAGAUUACUUCGAUCACCGCAAACCCGAAUACCAGCUGAUGGCAGAUGCCGAAUAGCAUAAACAGCUCGUUGAAUCCUGUGAGAAUUCGCGUGACCACAAACCAGUUGCCCAGCAGCAUCUCAAUCAUUGACAACAACGCUUUGCUGAACGUGCCAAAAUACUCGUAGAGCAUCUCCCUGUCUUCGAGGUCAUAGUCCUCAGCCUCCCAAUAAUCCUUCGUAAGAAGGUUGAGUGCCAAAGCUAACAUCAUCUCGCCUAAUAACACCACAGCGCUCGCCCACCCGAGGGCCGACACACUGCCUCUGAUCGACUGCAGCAUCAGGUAGAGCGACCCGAAACCUUUGAUUGACUUCACAACCGAAGAAAUCGCAACAGCCGCGCCAUCCGUGCCAAGCGGAUCAAGGUCGGCGGGAAUGGAAGGUCGCUCGAGAGAGCCUCGAUCCAAAAGAAGAUUACUACGAGGGCGUCGAUCGCACUCCAGGAGUCCUUCAGGAACUUCUCUGGUAUGGCUAUCAACUUGAGCGCGAGCUCGGCUGUAAACAAGACGCCGUAGAACCACUCGAGCACAACGAAAACACGUUCGGCCCCUGGCCAGGCUUUGUCGGCGGGCUCCGUCAUGCGCGGCGCCACCCCGAAGUGGUAGCCCGAUUCCAUGCCCUGGUACUGAGCCUCGGCCGCGAUGCAGAGCGCGUUUAGCAAGAUGACGACGGCCAUGGUUCGAGCCGGUGCUGGUGACCACCCUCGCGAGCCCGUGGGUCUUCUCCUCAUUACCGCCCCACAGUGACCGGUGGACGGCGCGUCGCCCUCGCCCGAUUGAGGGGCAACGAUAGAAGGGAACUGGCAUAACUAGGGGGGGAACAUCGACCUGUAAUCGGCGAUACAUCGCCGAUAGAUCGGCGGUAGGCCCCCGAUAGUGAAUCCGCACGUUCCUGGGCAGGCUGGGGCGAUCGGGCCCAUAUCGGCGAUCAAAGAAUAAUUGGGGGUCGAUGCAUCCUCGGGGGCGGCCA